AUGAAGACUCUGACUUUGCUCUCCAUCUGUGCCCUUCUGUCAGUGUGCUGGUCCAUGGGAGCUGUGGAACCAGAGGUUGUCGUGGACCCUGAUGCUGACACGUUUGCUGAUGCUGCACCUACUGCACCUGCCGAUUCCUCCUCCUCCUCUGAGUCCGACUCCAACUCUUCCUCCGACUCCUCAGUAUCCGAUUCCAACUCAAGCUCCAAUUCAUCCUCCUCUUCCUCGGAAUCCUCUGAGUCUUCAUCGUCUGAGUCUACCGAAUCAUCUUCCUCCGAGUCGUCCUCCUCCGAGUCCAAUUCUUCCUCUGACUCGUCUUCCUCCUCUUCCUCCUCAUCUUCAUCGGAGUCAGCCAGCACUGAGGCUCCUCCAGUGGUGAUGGAUCGAGACCAGGCUGCUGUUCUCCUGAGGAGAAGAAGAGCGACAGGACCCCUCACGCCUCUGCAGCUGGAAAGCCUGCAGGAGGUGUGUGAGUUAAGCGUGGCCUGUGACGAGAUGUCUGAGACCGCGGGUAUCGUCGCUGCAUACACCGCCUACUAUGGACCUGUUCCCUUCUAA